UAUAUUUCCUUUCUCAUCAUACGUUUUAUCAUUACCCUCUCGUUGUUCUAGUAAGAUGUAUGUCAGAGUUUUAACACUUCUUUUGUUGGUUUCUGUUGUUUUGGAGUAUUCUUUGGCUAGAAAGAAGGACAGAAAGAAAGAAAAAGAUGCACACAAAGUACGCGGAAAACCAUCCAGUAUAGAAUCUUCACCUAUCAUUUUGCAAAUGGAGGAACAAAUAAAGAAACUAGAAGAACAAAUAGCAAAAAUACCUAAAAAUUCCGUACAUAUACAUAUGAGUGAUGGAAAUGAUGAUGACGAGAGUUCUACUCGAUUGGCAUUAGACAGUGAGGACCACCACAAUACAUCUGUACAUCGGGUAGAGGGCGCCAUUGAACUUGACGGUGAUGACGAUCAUCAUCAUCAUGAUCAUGACAAAGCCCGUGUUGAAACACAUGGGAACGAGCAGCAUAUUCAUAUGCAUAUGCAUCUUGAAUCUAGUGACUGUAAACAUAAGAAGCAUGAUGACGAAGUCCAUGCACAUUGCGAAGUGUUCCCGAACAGUAACGUAGCAGAUGGCGAUGACAUCAGAGGCGCAAUCCAUUUGAUACAAAAAGGAGAUGAUCCUGUGGAGAUCUUUAUUGCAUUAAAUGGUUUUGAUAUGACGAAAGAAAAUCCAAAGCAUUCCCAUGGUUUUCAUGUCCACCAAUACGGUGAUACAUCUAACUCAUGUGAUUCAUUAGGAGGCCAUUUUAACCCCAGUGGAAGUUCACACGGAGCACAAGAUGCUCAUACAAGGCAUGUAGGCGACCUUGGAAAUAUUGACUGUGAUAUGAAUGGAGAAAUUGACUAUAAAAUGAAAGAUGAGACGAUCAGCCUACAUGCGGAAAAUUCUCUGAUUGGUAGAAGUAUUGUGAUUCAUGAAGGACCUGACGACUUAGGAAUGGGAGGAGAUGCCGGAAGUUUAAAGGGAGGUAAUGCUGGACCUAAGGUUGCUUGUUGUGUCAUCGUACUUGCAGAUCCAACAAAACACCAACAUCAUAUAAACAUCGAUGCUCAAGAAGGUGGUGCUAAGCAUGAGGGUCACACUGGGUUAGACGUCCACGAAGUUAAACCUUGAGCAUAUAACAGAGUGUAAACGAUUAUAUUACCUAAAAAAAUGUAAUAACUCAUUGGGAACAUGUGUAUAAAGAUUGAUUGUACUUGUUGAGAGAUGAGACUUUAAUAAAACAUUGAAUUGUGUACAUAAGAAACAUAGAGUGUAUCAUGCCUUUUCAGAAUAAGGACGGAGCUGAUGAAAUAAUUUAAUAAAAUUCAUGUAUACAAUAA